AUGGCGACAACAAAGUCCACCGAAGCAGUUCCAGCGCGUCUGUCAACGAUUAAAAAAAGCGGUGUCAUCACGCGGGGAGGGCGUUUGCUUCGUCGCUAUUACGACUGGAAGAACGUGCAUCAGUAUUUGGGGCGCUACUCCACGGAUAAGCUCAUUUCCUUCGAGGAAUAUCGGCAGACAACGCCAGUCAAACGCGUAGUCGCCAUCAUCGUGCUCACUCCGGUCCCUGGCCUUGUCAUGAUGCUGAUGCUCGCAGCUAUCCUUCUAAACAGUCCGCUGCUUGGGGUGACGAGGAACGCCACGUUCUUCAUCCAGUCUGCGCUGUCGUACAGCGUCAUGGCCUUCAGUCUGCUGCUCUUUAUCCGCUGCUCCCUGCGACUGCCGCAGUCCUUCUACUCGCACCGACAGGCACUCUUUAUCUUGGUCACCACCGCGUGUCUAAAUGAACUCGUCAUGCUCAUUGUAGCGAUGUACUGGAGAUUCCCCACUCCCUUCUGA